GUUCGACACGUGCAGUGCAAGAGCUGCGGCGCUUGUCGGUGCUGGCAUUGCACCGCAGCUUGAGCCACUUUGGGCCAUGCAGGACUUGGGGCCAGUUGGCUCGCUCCCACGCCAGCACGCGCCAGCCCACGCUGGCCCCCUCUGGGACUUACGGCGCGUCCGCGCGGCGAACAUCAAGCCGUGUCGAGCCACGCUGAUGUCAGUUUCUAGCGAGACAUGAGGAACUGUAGACUGGACACUUUGGACUUCCUCGUCGGGGUGCAGGCCUGCUCACAUGUCCCGGCACGCCCUAGUGGCAGCAUCUAUCACUGUCCAUGUCAUUCACCUUGAUGGAGUCAAAUGUGACGCACGAAGAUAAGGGCAGCGCCCGCGCGGUGCUUAUCAAGUUCAUAUGUACGGGGGGGGCAACAAGGGCGGGUUGAAAUCGUGCUGCGAGUGCGAGGUCCACCCAUCAUCUGCUCCUUCAGGCAGCGGUCACUUCAAACGUCUGUUGCAUUACCGAAACAUUACUUAUUACGAUGCAGGUCUCAAUGCGCCCUUCAACUUGCCUGGCGGCCCAGCGGGUUUCUACGCGCUGCUUCAAGGCCAGCGCACCGGCCCCGCGUGUGGUCUCUGUGGUAGCGCAGGCUACUGGCAAGCGGGCACCUGCUGAUGCGCCGGUGCCUGCGCUGACUCGCCCCAAGCCCGCAAGCGCGGACAAGCAGGCGCAAGCGCAGGCCCCAUCCCAGGGUCCGUCCCAGGCAGCGAUUAGCGAGGCCUAUAUCAAGGCUGCUUCCUCCAAGGAGCGCGGCGAGACUGUUGAGGUGAAGAUUGUGGGGCAGAACGAGGGCGGCGUGAUGGUGCAGUUCGGCCCGCUGCGAGGCUUCAUGCCCUACAACAAGCUGGACCCGGCCCGCCUGCGCGCCUGCGCCAACGGCGACCUGACCAAGCUCAUUGGCCAGCAGAUCAAGGCCCGCAUCAUCACGGCGGACAUUGCCCGCAAGGAGCUUGUGCUGUCAGAGCGUCAGGUGGCCGCGGCGGAGGCGCUGGGCCGCGUGUCUGAGGGCGACGUGAUUGAGGGCGUUGUGACGGGCGUGGAGGACUACGGAGCCUUCAUCCAGAUCAAGGGCCUUCCUGACGUGUUCGGCCUGGUGCACAAGAGCGAGGUGACCUGGGCGCGCAUCCUCACCGUGGACGAGGUGCUCAAGCUGGGCCAGGAGGUCCGCGCCAAGGUGCUGUCUGUGGACGUGGCCAACUGCCGCCUGGCGCUGUCCAUCAAGCAGCUCACCACCGACCCGCUCAGGAUGUCCCUGGAUGGUCUGGACUGGGAGUCAGCUGACGUCAGCGCUGUGUCUGAGCCCGAGCUCAAGGCACUGGUGGAGUCUCUAGCCAAGUCGCCGGGUGUUACCAACGUCACCGUGACCCGUGUCGCCGUGGACCCCCAGCACGUGGCCCAGGAGCUGGAGGUGUACCUGGUGCGCACCGACUCCGACGGCGUGUACGACGCUGUGGCGCGCCUGGGCACCAGCAACACGCAGCUCAAGCUCACGGCGCCCGAGCUCAGCCGCGAGCAGCUCAAGCAGAUGCUGCAGCGUGUGGCGCGUGAGGUGGCGCAGGCGUGAGCGAGGCACUCAGGCGGCAGGCUUGGGCUGGGAUAGGCGGACGUGAGCAGAGCGGUUAAUGUAAUGUGUCAGGUUGCUAUUUUUGGUGCUCGGGGCCCAAAUUUUGGAGAGAGCGGGAGUGUGUGGUAUCGAGUGUGAGAGGUUGGGAAACCGAGUGCGAGGACGGGCCCGGAGGACCGGGUAGAAUUCAUCUCGUACACCAGGCAGUUCGGGUGCGUUUUUGCAGCAAAAGGACAGAUAAGGGUUUAGCACGCAAGCAGAUUAAUAUUUCAUGCAUGUCCAAAGGAGCACCAGGUUGGGGUGCCGCACACGUGGAAAGCGCGGGCAGGCACAGUGAACAGAGGUGCGCACGGUUGCGGCCGCUGCCGGAUGUUUUGGGUCGGGUGACAGCCACUGCUGCAAUUGUAACGGCGAUGCUAC